AUGGAACCAUCGGAGCAAGCCAGUAGAGUGCGUUCGACCGUGAUUGACUUACAAGCACCGAAAUUCGCGAAGAUUUCCAAAGAGGAUGUGAAGAAAAUCAGCGCAAAAGUAAGAAGUCUGAAUGGAGAGCAGGCGCGAGCCGUGGUAAAGGCGUUGAUAGCCGAUGACUUUCUGUUGAUUCAAGGGUUGCCUGGAUCGGGUGAGUGGGCGAUUUCAUUUUCGUGUUCUGAAUUAUUUUAUUGGGAAGUUAGAUUUUCGAUUUGA